AUUCAUAAGCUGUGUUUUGCUUUGCAUUCCAAAGAGAAAAAAAAAGAAAGAAAAACAUUAACAAACACACAACCAAGAACAAACAAAGUUAAACAACAUGUCUGUGGCAAUCUUAAACUCUCCAAUAUUUUCUCCUAGAGUUUCGUCAAGCUUGUGUAAAUCCUCAGCUUCUAUUACUAAAUCUCCUAGAGUUCUUCAUGGCUUACCACCAACCCCAUCACGAUCAUCAUCUUCGUCAUCAUCGCCACUGCCGCCUUCUCCAUCGACACCCUCAACGGUUAGGUUUAACAAACAGAUAAGUACUAUCAAGGAGGUUUCGUGUUCGCUUAAUGGGACGGUUUUGAAGAGGAAGAGGCCGGCGAGGAUUGAUAUUCCGGUGAUGUCACUGAGUUUCGGCGUUGAUACACCUAGAGCUGUGGAGAAAGUAGUGGACGUGGUAGAGGUUGAAGGGGAUGGAUAUGCGCUUUAUUGUAAGAGAGGAAGGAGAGGUCUAAUGGAGGACCGGUACUCAGCUGUCGUUGAUGUUCAUGGAGAUUCUAGACAGGCUUUCUUUGGUGUUUUUGAUGGGCAUGGGGGUGCAAAAGCUGCUCAAUUUGCAGCCAACCAUUUGGAUAGGCAUAUAAUGGACCAAUCCAGGAAGAGAUGUGCAGAUGAAAUUGUGGAAGCAGUUAGAGAUGGUUACUUGACCACAGAUGCCGAAUUUUUUAAGCAGGGUGUUGAAGGUGGUACUUGCUGUGUGACUGCACUGAUACAAGAGGGUAAUCUUGUGGUCUCCAAUGCUGGUGAUUGUCGUGCUGUGAUGAGCCGAGGAGGAAUAGCUGAGGCCCUCACAUCUGAUCACCGGCCUUGCAGGGAAGAUGAAAAACAACGAAUUGAAACCCUGGGUGGUUAUGUGGAUUCUCAUCACAAUGUAUGGAGAGUACAAGGGUCCCUAGCUGUAUCGAGAGGAAUUGGAGAUCGACAUCUUAAACAAUGGAUUAUAGCAGAACCGGAGACCAAAGUCUUAAAGAUUGAGCAUGACUGCGAGUUUGUAAUUCUAGCCUCUGAUGGUCUUUGGGACAAGGUUAAUAAUCAAGAAGCAGCAGAUAUGGUUCGUCCUUUGUGCACCGGAAUAGAAAAACCAAAACCAUUUUUUGCUUGCAAAAAGCUCGUCGACUUAGCAGUAAAACGUGGCUCUACAGAUGAUAUAAGUGUGAUGAUAGUUCAAUUAGGCAAUUUUCUUUCAUAAUUUGUAACUAUAAGAAGAUAGAAGAAUUCCGGCGUAUAUGGGGGAAUUAUAGUUGUCAUGCAAGUGUUUUUUUGGAGAAACUUGCAGCUUUAAGAAAGCUAGAAAGCAAGACCAUCGUGUUUUUGGAAUGUUAUUGAACAUUUCAAAGCUAGAAAGCCUCUCCUAGGAUUGUCCCUAGUAGAAGUUAUAAAACAUACAUAUCGCAUUUUGCAUGUAACUCUAUAUAUCCAUCCCAUUUAGAAGUUAAUAGCUUUUAUCACUUUAUUCUA